AUGCCCGCAACAUCCUGCGGUCGACCUCAGCCUAAGCGUAUUCUCAUCGUUGGUGGCGGACCAUGCGGACUUGUUGCGCUCCGGAAUCUGACCGAGCGAGGACAGUUCGACAAAGUCAAGUUGGUGGAAAGGCGGAACGACGUUGGCGGAGUAUGGUCAUUGAAUGCGACGUCCGACAGGCAUCUGGAGGACCCUGAUGGUGGUCAGAAUCCAAGCUGGGCGUCGCCCGCCUAUCCCGGGAUGGUGGGAAACGUCCUACCCGACUUCCUUUAUUUCUCAGAACACCCAUUUCCCAAAACAGACCGCCCCCAUCAGCCAUUCCCGACUUUAUCAGAGACUCAAGAGUACCUCAAACGCUUUGCAAAGCCCUACCUCGAUGAUGGGAGUAUCAGACUCAACACUGAGGUUAUCACGGUGGACGAGUUGCCAAAUUGGAGCGGAUGGAAGGUCGUGAUGAAGGACUGGAAUUCAGGAGGCGUUGAGGUGGAAGAGGUCUGGGACGCUGUCGUGAUUGCUGUCGGUUGGUUCGACAAUCCUGUGUGGCCGCCUUUGUCUGGCCUCGAGAAUCUGCAAAAGCAAGGCCUCGCGAUUCACGGCAAAUCGUGGAACGGACCCUCUGGCUUCGGGGGAAAGCGCGUCCUUGUUGUCGGCAACGCCAAUUCGGCCAACGACAUUGCUUCCCAGCUCGUGUCAGUUGCACAGAUCCCUGUAUUUCGUUCUGUUCGCAGGAGCCCUUUCCCUGGAUUCGUAAGUCUCCCUGACGAACGCAUUCACAACGUAACUGCUGUACGAGAAUGCAGUGCAGUAGUUUCGUCGGACGGCAGGAAACAGGUCAAGGUCGUCCUCGAGGACGGCAACCAAAUCGAGGGUUUAGACCUGGUUAUAUUCGCAACGGGGUACAAGCCCUAUCCAUCCUUCGUUAGCGUUCUUGACGACAGCAAUCUCCAACCCCUGGUCUCCCAAAGCGUCGAACCUCAACGGAUUCCGCGCGUACAUCGCCACAUACUCUACGCGCCGAAUCCGACACUCGCCUUCGUUGGCGCCGUCAUGGCCUUCACUCCAUUCACCAUCGCCGACGUAAGCAGCACUUGGCUGUCUCUCGCCUGGAGCGGGCAAAUCCUCUACCCUGAAACGACCGACGGACGCCUUGAAUUCGAGCGGCAAAGACUCGUUAAGCUUGGUGAAACAGCGAAAUUCUUCCUUGAGAAUGAAGGGACAGAGAGGGUCCCUGACGACGCGAAGAAUGUCUGCGUCAAUGGGCAACUGACAUGCUUCAUUUCGUAUAAUGUCCUCUCAAUCGAGGAGGAACCGUACGCGCAAGGAUUGCGGGACGACAUCACCACUGUGCAACCAGAACUCGGCAUCGUGCUUCCUGAAUGGACGAAGGAACGCUUCGAGCAGAGGAAUGGCAUGUAUCAGCUCAAGCUAGAGGCGUUGAGGGCGGCAAGGGAUAAAUCGAUAACCGAUGAAGCUUGA